AUGGUCGACCUUGCGAACGACUGUCAAGACCUGGAACCGCAGUCGUUUACCGUCAGCCCGUCGCUCCUUCCACCCGCAAUCGCGCACAGCAGGAACGUGCUGUCACGUCUGUCGUUUCCGGCAACGGCCCCACUCGCGACGCUCCAUCUGCGCACCGCGCACCCAACCACCACGCUGGCUUCACCAGAGUCGCCGUCGCAGCCCCUCCAUUCACAGCGCCAGCGCAGGAACACGGGCGACAUCCGUGCGAGGAGCUCGUCCAUUCGCAUCAGCCAGGCCCGGGGAGAGGAGGAGGAUCGACGGCCUGCGAGCCUCGCCAGUCUCACCAUGCUGCCACAGAUGGUCGCGGGCAAGAGUGGCUACUCAUGGAAGGCGGCAAAGGCGAGGAUACCGCCGUACAGACAAAUCGCACACACCGUCCGGAGCCCGAGGUUUCUGGUGCCGCUGGCCAUUGUAACGGCCAUUGUGCUGCUAUGGCGGUCCAUGGGCACCGCUGCGAGCGAGGUGCAGAGAUUCUACUGCUUCGGCCCUUCAACACCUCCUAUGCGAAUGACGCCGAACGAGAAUGAGGAAUGGUACGGCCACCUCACAACGCCUGUCGUUUUCAACCAUCGCAAGCCAGUCGAGAUCAAUAGCACCGAGAUCCAGCAUAUCAAUCUCGACCCCAUCAAGUCGACCGUAGAUGCAGUGCGCAAUAAGGAGAAGAUCCUCAUUCUGACCCCGCUGCGCGAUGCCUCCUACUACCUCGCCAAGUACUUCGACCUCCUCACGCAGCUCACAUACCCGCACGAGCUGAUCGAUCUUGCUUUUCUUGUCGGCGAUACCACGGAUGACACCAUGGCAGCGCUGGCAAUGGAGCUUGAGAGGGUGCAGAACAACCCGGAGAUUGCCUUCAGAUCGACGAUGAUCGUGGAGAAGAGCUUCGGCGUGACAACUGGACAGAGUGUCGAGGAGCGACAUGGCUUCGCCGCCCAAGGCCCGCGGAGAAAGGCCAUGGGCAAGGCGAGGAACUACCUCUUAUCAGCAGCAUUGAAGACUGAUCAUAGCUGGGUGUAUUGGAGGGACGUGGAUAUCGUCGAGAAUCCGCCAAAUAUCAUUGAGGACUUUGUCAUGCAUGACAGGGAUAUCAUAGUUCCCAACAUCUGGUUCCACAGGUACAAGGAGGAGAAAGGAAAGAUGGUUGAUAUCGAAGGCCGCUUCGAUUAUAACUCGUGGCAAGAAUCCCCGGAUGCCCUCAAACUCGCCGCGACGCUUGACAAAGACGUCGUGCUUGCUGAAGGCUACAAAGAAUACAAGACGAACCGCAUCUACAUGGCCACGAUGGGCGACCGACACGCUGAUCCCCACGAGGAGAUCCCCCUUGACGGAAUCGGCGGCGUCAAUAUCGUCGUGAAAGCCGACGUGCACCGCUCCGGCAUCAACUUCCCCGCAUACGCAUUCGAGAAUCAAGCAGAGACCGAAGGCUUCGCGAAAAUGGCUAAGAGGGCCGGCUACGGCGUAUACGGCCUGCCAAACUAUGUUGUGUGGCACAUUGAUACAGACGAAAAGCCCGGCAAUGCAUGAGCUGUCGUUCAAAAGAGAUUUUAGUGUAGUUGCAGAAGAUAGAAAAGGACAAACGCGAGCGCAGCAAAGACGCAUACGACGGCGUUUGGGGUGUACAUUCCAAACACAAAUAGACGGCACGAUUACUGUGCAUGCACGAUAUGAGAGCAGCAUCACACACUGUACAUUCACGACUUGGGGGGCGCGCUCUGGGAGCUCGCGACUUUAGAUAUACAACCCACUUUUAAAUCAUGUUCGCUCUACUCUUGUCAUGCCGCCGCGGAUAGUCGCCUGCGUUGCUCGUCGUUGCUGGCUGGAAAUGUGAUUUCAUGUCUGUCUCAUAGGAGUGCAGGAUCUGUUCCCG